AUGGCCUGUACAGAAAGAGAGCCAACUUCUUCUGGUUACUGGAGUAUGGCUGGUGAGUUGGGAGAUGUCAAGAAAAAAAUGAAAGAAAGAAGGUUCAGGAUUACACCGGUACUGCGAAAAGAAAUUGUGUGCGAUGAAUUACCUCUCAUUGAGUAUCACGCAGUAUACGUGGAAGAUAAGUGUAAAAUCGAAUACGUGCUGCAAAUUUUGCCGAACAUGCCAUCAGAAACGAAACAUUUAAAGCGUAUCAAAAAUGGGCUGAUUCUUAUCCAACCAGCAACUGAUCCACUACCGCAGGAAUUUAUAGUGAAGCUUCGCACUAUGCUUCCAGAUAUUUCUGUAUCAAAGGUGAAAGUUCCUUUAUGUAAGCCAGUGACAAGGCGACAAUUUCUUUGGGCCAAACAGUAUUGGCCUACAGCCUUCCAUCUAAACAAGCAAUAUGAGGCACUGUUGAAUGGGAACUUUCUCACAGCUAGUGAAUACCAAAAGAUUAUUGACUUUUAUUUGGAAUCGGAAAAGAUUAGUAACGGUGGAUCAGGGUGUGUCAUUGUGGAUUUAAAAGGUGAAGUUGUCGCAAAAAAGUGGUAA